AUGAAAUUGAGCUGUUCGAGCGGUAGCUUGGACUUCUCAGCAAUAUCGUACUCAAUGCUACCUCUGGUGCAGAUAAGCGGUGGUGCAGCGCAGCAACAGCAGCAGAAAUUCAAAGUCAAACCCACGGAUCUGCUGGUGGCCGAGGGUUCGGAAGCGGUGCUGCGGUGCGAGAUUCUGCAUGCGGCCGGUGCAGUCCAGUGGACCAAGGAUGGCGAAGUGCUCGGCUACGAGGAGUCCACCAAUAGCAUCACCGGUUAUCCGCGCUACUCCAUCGAGCGAGAAGGAGGAGGUGCUGGCGGCGUUUACAAUCUGCACAUCGCGAACGUCACCCUCGACGACGAUGACCACUACGAGUGCCAGGUGCAUCCUUUUAUGCACCACAAACCGAUCCGUGCCAAGGCACGGCUCACUGUGAUAGUGCCGCCGACGUCGAUCGAGAUCCAAGGGUACGGUCAGCACCACGCCAAGGUUGACGUGCGGGAAGGUCAGGACCUGACGCUGACCUGCAUCGUACCGGCCGCCAAACCAGCCGCCCAGAUCGUCUGGUAUCGGGCCAACGUCGAGUACAAACCAGAGCAGCAGCCGGUGAAGCCCCAAAAGUAG